AUGCACUGGUUGUCAGAGUGCCCAACGGCCUCUGAUGAUCAGAAAGCCGAAAUCCGUCCAAGAAUGAAGCGACUUCGUGAGUGUAUCCCAUCUCAAGAGAAGACUGUUCUUUUGAACGAAGAGCUUGCUGUGCCGUACUGUGCGGACACUGGUGCGGACAGGACCGCCAUAAGCAAGCAACACGUGACCCAACUACUUCGUAGCGACACAUCUACUAAGGUGACUCCACUCGAUACUCCAACAGUGCAUGUGGCUGUAGGCGACCAUGAGGUCAUUUCCACGCACUUCGUGCGACUUCGGCUGCGACUCAACACUGCUGCCGGACCAGUCGGCUUGCAGGAACCUGUUGAUUGUCUGAUAAUCGAAUGUGACGAACCCGAGUUCAUCCUCGGACGAGAUGAAGGUGAAGACGAAGGUGAAGAAGAUCUACAAGACGACCUACCGUCCAUCUCGCUGAGCUCAACCGACAAAGACCUUCAAGAUGCUCUUGAACGGAUAAUUUCCUCAGCACUCGAUCAGGGAUUCCCGAGCCACCUCGAGCAGCAGCUCCGGGCUAUUGUGUUCAAACACGACAUAUGGCGUCUAGAGCUAGGCAACGAUCCUCCUGCCAAUGUCGAGGCAUUACGGAUCCGACUCAAGGAUGGAGCACGUGCUGUCAAGAGCAAGCCGCGGCCUUACCCACCAGCGCCGCUGGGCUAG